AUGGCCUCGACCGCGGGCACGGACGAGCCCGGCACCAUCAACGGCGACACCCCGCGCACGUCGAUUGGAGCGGCGGCGGCGGCGGCGGCGGCAGCAGCAGCAGCAGCAACUUCGAACCCCGAGUUCGAUGUCGCCAAGCUCCAAGGGCUGCCCACAGAGCAGCAGGAGUUGUCUCUGCUGAGCUUCGUAUCGACAUUGAGCAAGCAUGUCCUCAGCCUCCCGCCCGACGACUGCACAGCGCAGCAGUUCUACCUCAAGAAAGAGAUCUUCAAGAUCAUCAACCUCUCGACCCCGCCUCCUACGAGGGUCAUCCGCAACACGCUAGCGAAAUGUCUUGGGCACAUCUUUGGCAAGGGAGACCGCAAGCUGCUUUUUGAGACAGUCAACGACCUAUCUGGGAUCAUCUCGAGCGGGAAGUCGAAGAACGAGGGCGAGAUACGCACAAAACAUGCCGCUGUUGCGUGUCUCGGCGAGGUCUACGCCGCCGCGGGCGACAGUGCCAUCAACCUCCACCAACUGGCCUGCUCGGCGCUCUUGAAACUCCUCAAGUCAUCUUCGAGCAAUGCCGGUCUUCGGGCCUCCGUGUUCACCGCUCUGGGCAAGAUCGCGGCUAAGCUGGGCGGGAGCUUGGACGAGAGCAUCGCGAGGGAUAUCUGGAAGCAGGGCCGGAGCUAUGCCACAAGCGACAAGGGGUCACUCGUCAUCAUCACUGCGUGCCGCUGUCUGCGUUCGCUCCUGCAAUUCACGCCCUACUUCCAGACAUCUAGCGACUUUGACAGCCUGCGGUCUUCCAUGUUCAAGACGUUCGAUUCUCCCUCCUCAAACGUACGCUCGGCCGCGGCCGACUGCUUCGCGGAGGCUCUUGUUCGAGGUUACUCGGAAUCUGCCGUCGGCGAAGCACCCUUGGUGCUAGUCAAGAGGACCAAGUCGAAGGCUGCCAAGCGACAGUCCGCGCAGAUCGGCACGCUGCAAGACGACGACGAGUUUCCACCGCGUCCGGAGAGCCCAGCGCCGACCAAGAAGUCCCAGAUUCUGGCCCUGUCGCUGCUCGAUAUGCUCAAGACCCUAUCGACGCAGUAUGUCCGAAUGUCGACCUCGAACCGGUCCAGGGCUGCGAUCGCUGUCUGCUAUGGCAACAUGUUUCGGAAACUCGGAGAGAAGACAGUAGAAAGUAACUACACACGGAUCGUUGAGCACUUGACGGUCGAGAUUCUCGGGCAUAGCACCAUAACCAACAACCGGUACCGUCUGCUGAUCUCUCGGCGCAUGAUCGAAAUCAUCAUCCAGGACGUCGUUGGAAAGAAGAUCCUUGGAGAGUCGGGCCAGACCAACGCGGCGAAGGCCCUCCUCAACGACAUCAUCAGGAACUAUCCGCAGGCUCUCAAGGAGAAGCCCGAGCCCGCAAAACAAACGUUGGCUGUUUCAUUGAGCGCCCUCGCGUCCCUUAUCAACAGCCUGGGUUCGGCAGCCAGUAGCUUCUCAGAAGCGUGCCGCGACGGUCUCAUUCAGGUUCUGCAGCACCCGAGUUACACUGUCCAGGUCCGGGUGCUGACAAUGUCGACGAAUCUGCUCAAGUCGAGCGGCAGUUCCGAGCUGCGCGUGGCGAGCACACAGAUCCAGGUUGCAUGGACUCUGAUCGGCGGGCUCAUGUCGCUGGGGCCAAACUUUGUCAAGAUCCAUCUCUCACAGCUCCUUCUCCUGUGGAAGAACGCCCUGCCCAAGGUUCUGGCCAAGGACAGCUCCAUCCAUCGGAAUUAUCUAAACGCCUCCUUCCUGACGCACGUCCGGGAGUGUGCGCUGAGUUCGAUCCUGGCCUUCCUGGAGUUCAACAGCCGUCUCCUAACAGUCGAUGUCUCGAAACGCAUCGCGACAAUGCUGCAGAGCACGACAGCAUUCCUGAAAACGCUGCCGUCGAAGAAGACGGCGGAAGACAUCAGCGAGAGGCUAACACCGUCUCUGCAACUCCAAGAUUUGGAGAUCAUGGUACAGCGGAGAGUCCUGCAAUGCUACACAAAGCUGGUGAACAUUAGCCCGCCCGGCGGCACCGAAGCGCUUUUACAAUCCAACCUUCUCACUUUAGCCAUCUCCCUCUUUGCGGAUCCGGAUAACUACACCCCGAGCUCGCUCAGCGCAUCGAUCGCAAAUACGGCUUCGACGUUCGAGUCGGUUUGGGAUAUCGGCGACAACUCCGGAUUCGGCGUCACCGGUCUCGAAAGUGUGCUGGAACAGGUCACGACCUUCAUCGCUGCCGGAUCGCUGCAGAGGGAUCCUGGCCGCAAGGCUGCCAUCAACGUUAACGUCGCCACCGCUCUCCUCUUGAUCUUGCGGGUGGCAGUAAAGGAGACAAAGUCGCCUCCAGGGGACGUGACCAAUGCGGCCGUCGAAAAGCUCAUCCAGGAGCUGCUUCGUGAUUUUGUGCUGGAUCGGGACCCGUACCUCCGGAGCAUCGCCUACGAGGCUGUUGCUCGGCUCUGUGGCACAUGCGGCAAUGCUUUUACAAACCAGGAGAUCAAGUAUCUCAUCGACACCAUUGUCGUCAACCGAGAACCUAGUGCGAGAGCCGGCUGCGCAAUGGCACUCGGAACCAUCCAAGCCAAGAUCGGAAGUAUGGCGGCCGGCUAUCACCUCAAGGCCGUCCUCAACAUCCUGCUGUCGUUGUGCAACGAUCCGCAUCCCACCGUCCACUACUGGGCGCUGGAAGCGGUCGCGCGGGUGGCUGACGCUUCCGGCCUCGGAUUUGCAAACUACGUUUCUGCGACGUUAGGAAUGUUGGCCAACCUCUACUUCUCCGAGACGCACAAUCCGGAGGUCGCUUUACCUGCCUCGAUGAACCUCGAAGUGGAGUCUUCUACGUCUGCGGCGAUCGCCCACUGCGUGGAUUCGCUCAUCAAUGUUCUCGGUCCUGACCUGCAGGACUCUACCAAGUCAAGGGAGCUGAUCCUUACCCUUGUCGGAUACUUCCAGCAGGAGGAGGAUCUCGAGGUGCAGAGAGCCAGCCUUGUCUGCCUAGAGCACCUUUCGCUGUACGCUCCCGGCUACGUAAACUUUGCGGAGUAUGUCAAGACGCUGCAAGGCUAUCUCAGUUCGGAGAAUACCGCGCUCCGAGACGUUGCCGUGGAUGGCUUGCACAACCUCAUGAAGCGGGACCCGUACGACGUCAUCGAGGCAGCAGACAAGGGAUUUGAAGACCAGCUCUGGCUGGUUCUCGACUCGGAUCCCAGCCAUGACGGGAUGCGCAACACCAUCCGGAACUGGAUGCGGCAGACGUGCCUUGCCAAUACGGCCGCCUGGCUGGCGCGCUUUCAACAUGUCUUGAAGAUGACCAGACCGAAAGAUACGAGGAAGGAGACGGCCAAGACCGCGAAACCGGGCGCUGGCCUGGACCUGCAAGACGAGGAGGUGGCCGGAUUCGCCGCGGCGCCGGGCGCUAGCAAAGAUGAAAAGGACGCGCUUAGCGGUCCAGACGUCGAGCCUCUGAGGUGGCAGGUUACGACCUUUGCCAUGGACUGCCUGAACGAUAUUUUCAUCCUCGUUGCCAAGGACGUUGCCACGAACGGAGAGUCUGCGGCCCAGGCUGCGCUGCAGAGCAAGAUCGCCGACGUCGUCAAGAUGGCCUUCUCGGCGUCCACUUCCGGGGUUGUUGAGCAGAGGAUCUGGGGCUUGAAGAUCAUCGGCGCCGUCCUCAAGAUGUUUGGCAAGGUGCCCGACCCCGACUUCGAGGAGGCCAUGCUGCUUGAGCAAUACCAGGCUCAGAUCAGCUCGGCGCUCACCCCCGCAUUCGCGGCCGACUCUUCGCCCGAGCUGGCUGCCGAGGCCGUCCAUGUCUGCGCCGGCUUUAUCGCUACCGGUAUCGUCAGGGAUGUCGACAGGAUGGGGCGGAUACUCAAGACGCUGGUGAGCUCGCUCGAGAACUUUAGGUCCGAAGACGAGAAUGCUGGCAUCGGUGACUUGAAGGGGCUGAGCUCGAAUGCCCGGGUCAUGGUCAAGAUGGCUGUGUUCGGCGCCUGGGCUGAGCUCCAGGUCGCGAGCUCGGAGCAGAGUUACCUGGUGGACGUUCUCAAGCCGCACAUUGGCACGCUGACGCCGCUGUGGUUGGAAUCUCUCCGGGAGUUUGCCCGGCUGCGCUUCGAACCGGAUAUUUCCAUGACACUGGGACCCCCCUCGCUCUCUGGGAGCCUGGACACGGUGUACGCGGCGCUCAACAGAGAGACGCAGCUCAAGUUCUACCAGGACACCUGGCUCAAGCUGGUGGAUGCCAUCGCCAGCCUGAUCGGUCAGGACAGCGACUUCGUCUUCGAUGCGCUCGACGGCAAGGAGGUUACCGGCCCCAACGCCAACGGCACCUCGCGGGGGCUCGACAUCAACUACCGCGACGAGCCAGUUGCUUUCUUCUUCGUGCUGUUCGGCAUCGCAUUCGAGGCGCUGGCCACCAAGUCUGGGCAAAGCGAGUCUCUGGCGACCCAAGAGCAGACUCUGGAGAUCCUCACCGCGCUGAAGAAGAUCUUGCACCCGAGCGUGUCCGGUCAGGCAAUCUACCGCGAAGCCAUCUUCUCCGAGACCAUGGACCUUCUGGAUCGCCUCGUCCUUACGGAAGGGCUUGACGUUCAGGGUGUCAUUGUCGAGAUCGCGAGGGAUCUCUGCUUGGCCCACCCGGCGGCGAGGAAACACGAGGAAGCCGACAACGGCGAGCUAUCGGAGGAUAUCGAGCAGCUGUUUGAGCUCACCCGCAUCAUCGUCCUCGUUCUCUCCGGCUUGUUGCCGAACCUCAGCGAGAACCCCCAGCCCACCCGCCAUCAGAUGACGGAGGAGGCGAUCCUGCUCAUCAAGACGUCGCUCAACGCACUGGUCGAUGCCGCCGAGGUGUUCCCCGCCAUCAUCAAGACGGACCUCUACGCCUGCAUCAUCCACAUCUUCGCCACUAUCCUCGCCACGCCUUCGUGCCAGGAGGUGAUCGUGCCCCAGUCCCUGCCGACCCUCAAGCGGUUUAUUACGAGCAUGUCCAACUCCAGGCAGGCUUCGGAAGACGGCGAGUCGCAGACAGACGUCCAGCUGCUAGGAUGCCUGCGCCGGUUCUUAUCCAUCUACCUGAACGCGCAGAAACGCGAGGCUCCUACCUCUCUAGCUUGUGUCAAGAACUGCCUGCUGGCACUUACGGUCCUCUUCACCGCGGGCAAGAACCACCUACCGGCGAGCGAGCCCCUGGUGGCGCGCUUCCUCGAGGAACUCUUGGACUGCCUAACGGACCGCAUGACGGCAAAGAUAGCCGCGUCCUGUAUCCGCACCCUCCUCCUCCAACCGAACCCGACGCCGGCCGACCAGACGCUCGCCCGCCACCUCCUCCCGCGUCUGAUCGCCUUCGUGACCGACACGGACCCCGAGGACCCGGAGCGGGCGCGGGGCCAGGUCGCGGCGGCGCUGACGGCGUACGUGGCCACGGUGCCGUCGGACCGCGCGCCCGUGGCCGUGGCGCUCGUGCUGCCGGCGCUGCUGGCGCGCGCGCUCGGCGAGGGCGGCGGCGGCGGGGGGGCCGGGGGAGAGCAGCAGAAGGAGGUGUACCGCGAGACGAGCGGGCGGCUGCUGGAGCUCGCGUCGGCCGACCAGGCCGCCUUCCGCGCGGUCGUCGGGGCCAUGGGCGAAGGGCAGAAGGGGUUCCUGGAGGAGGUCAUCAGGGCCGGGAGGGAGGCCGCCGCGGCGGCGGGCGGCGCUGGCGGGGUCAAGAGGGAAGGGGAGGGGACCAGGGAGCCGAGCAUCGCGUUGAAGAUGGACUUUGGAGGGUCAUGA